AUGGCCGAAACACCUGUUGAUGCCUUGUUGAAAGGCAACACCGGCAGGAAUACGCGCGGCUUGCUGCGCAUCAUCAUUCUAGUUACUAUCGCCGCCGCUGCAGUGUCGAGUCGACUGUUCAGUGUGAUUCGUUUUGAGAGCAUUAUCCAUGAAUUCGAUCCUUGGUUUAACUUUCGCGCAACAAAAUAUUUGGUACAACAUGGCUUCGAAAGCUUCUGGGACUGGUUUGAUGACCGAACAUGGCACCCUCUGGGACGUGUCACUGGUGGCACGUUAUACCCAGGUCUCAUGGUGACCAGCGGCGUGAUUUACCACAUCCUCCGGUUCCUGACCAUUCCCGUCGACAUCCGCAACAUUUGUGUCUUGCUCGCACCGGCAUUUUCUGGUCUCACAGCAUUUGCAAUGUAUCUGCUGACUUGUGAGAUGUCCAUCUCGCCUUCCGCUGGUCUCCUUGCUGCUGCUUUCAUGGGCAUUACCCCGGGAUAUAUCUCUCGAUCGGUUGCGGGUAGCUAUGAUAACGAAGCCAUUGCAAUUUUCCUUCUUGUAUUCACCUUCUUCUUGUGGAUCAAGGCUGUCAAAAACGGUUCGAUCAUGUGGGGAGCGCUGACCGCUCUCUUCUACGGUUACAUGGUGUCGGCUUGGGGUGGUUAUGUCUUCAUCACCAAUCUGAUUCCCUUGCAUGUCUUUGUGCUUCUCUGUAUGGGAAGAUAUAGCUCCCGUCUGUACAUCAGCUACACCACCUGGUAUGCGCUGGGAACUUUGGCAAGCAUGCAGAUUCCAUUCGUCGGCUUCCUCCCCAUUCGGAACAGUGACCAUAUGUCAGCCUUGGGUGUAUUUGGUCUGAUCCAGCUCGUGGCAUUUGCUGACUUUGUCCGCGGCUUCAUACCCGGUAAACAAUUCCAAAGACUUCUUACUGCCAUGGUCAUCGUCGUAUUUGGCGUUGCCUUUGCCGGACUUGUUCUUUUGACCGUAUCCGGAGUAAUCGCCCCGUGGAGCGGUCGCUUUUACUCCCUUUGGGAUACUGGCUACGCCAAAAUCCAUAUCCCCAUCAUUGCGUCAGUGUCGGAGCACCAGCCGACCGCUUGGCCAGCUUUCUUCUUUGACUUGAACCUCCUCAUUUGGCUCUUCCCCGCCGGAGUCUACAUGUGUUUCCGCGAACUCAAAGAUGAGCACGUCUUCGUCAUUAUCUACGCAGUCUUGGCAAGCUACUUCGCCGGUGUCAUGGUUCGUCUCAUGCUUACACUGACCCCGAUUGUCUGCGUGGCGGCUGCGCUGGCGUUGUCGACCAUCAUUGAUACGUAUGUGUUUGCAUCUCGUGGGCCGAGCUCUCAAAGCAAGGCCCAAGACGAGGCGUCCACAGAAGGCCUUCGUUCCACAAGGAACCCGGUGGUUGGAGUUUCGUCUUAUAUCUCCAAGGCAGUUGUGACGUCCUCCGUCGUCAUUUAUCUGCUCCUGUUCGUUGCGCACUGCACUUGGGUCACAUCCAAUGCCUACUCUUCCCCUUCGGUUGUUCUGGCUAGUCGGAUGCCGGACGGUAGCCAAUUCAUCAUCGACGACUACCGUGAAGCCUACUACUGGCUUCGCCAGAACACCCCCGAUAACGCCAAGAUCAUGUCCUGGUGGGAUUAUGGAUACCAGAUUGGUGGUAUGGCGGAUCGCCCCACUCUUGUCGACAACAACACCUGGAAUAACACCCACAUCGCCACGGUUGGAAAGGCGAUGAGCUCUCGCGAGGAGGUCAGCUAUCCUAUCCUCCGCCAGCAUGAUGUUGAUUAUGUGUUGGUAGUGUUCGGCGGAUUGUUGGGUUACUCUGGUGAUGACAUCAAUAAGUUCCUCUGGAUGGUUAGAAUUGCCGAAGGCAUCUGGCCCGAUGAGGUUAAGGAGCGGGACUAUUUCACCGCACGGGGUGAAUACCGUGUGGAUGAUGAGGCUACUCCCACGAUGCGCAACAGCUUGAUGUACAAAAUGUCCUACUACAACUAUAACGCCCUCUUCCAGCAGGGUCAGGCCAUGGACCGCGUCCGAGGCUCCCGACUGCCCGCUGAAGGGCCACAACUUUCCACCCUCGAGGAAGCGUUUACCAGUGAGAACUGGAUCAUCCGUAUCUACAAGGUCAAGGACCUCGACAACUUGGGCCGCGACCAUAACAGCGCCACAGCCUUCGAGCGGGGCCACAAGCGGAAGCGCGCUACCAAGAGGAAAGGACCCCGUGUUCUGCGAACCGAGUGA